AUUUAGCAAAGACACAGGCGAAUCAAGAGGAGGCGAGGCGGGUAUUGUCCGUCUGAAUAGGCGCUGAUAGCGCCGAUGCGCCGGGGGUUGUGCUGGCGCAACGCUGAGAAUCCCGACGCGGGGCCGGUCCCGGGCGCGCCGAGGGGCUGGAGGGUGCUUUUUCCUCUUCUUGGACGCCUCUGUUUUCUCUUUUUGGUUCCAUUCCCCCCCACCCCCCCGCGAAUCUCGCCCCCGUUUUGCUCCGGGUUUCCCUCCGACUGGCCCUCCAAAGGCGCCUGAAUUCGUGUCAAUAUCGCCGCAUCAAUUUCGAAGCGCGUGCUGGGCUGGAGGGCUGAUGCUCCCAGCGCUCCGGGUUUUAUUUUCCUCAAACGCCUCCCCCCCCCACCCCCACAUCUCCUUUUUAUUUUCUUUCUUUCUCUCUUUUCUCCUUUUUGCAUUUUGUGUCGAGAGGAGGAGAAGGGAGCGAGGAAAGGGGGGUGGGUGGAGAGAGAAAAAAUUCGAUUUUUAAUUACUACCAUUAAAAAAUCAAAUUUGCAAUUCUUUGGGCGGCCUGAUGGAUCUCACUGAUUGACAGUUGGAAUUGACACUCUGGCUACCUCUUAUCUUGGGCAUUCACGACAAUUUCUAAUUGCAGGUGAUGGCCCAGCCAGGGUCCGGCUGCAAAGCGACCACCCGCUGCCUUGAAGGGACCGCGCCGCCAGCCAUGGCUCAGUCGGACGCCGAGGCCUUGGCAGGCGCUCUAGACAAGGACGAGGGUCGGGCCUCCCCUUGUACACCUAGCACGCCAUCUGUCUGCUCACCGCCUUCUGCCGCUUCCUCCGUGCCGUCCGCCGGCAAGAACAUCUGCUCCAGCUGCGGCCUCGAGAUCCUGGACCGGUAUCUGCUCAAGGUCAACAACCUCAUCUGGCACGUACGGUGCCUCGAGUGCUCCGUUUGUCGCACGUCUCUGAGGCAGCAGAACAGCUGCUACAUCAAGAACAAGGAAAUCUUCUGCAAGAUGGACUACUUCAGCCGAUUUGGGACCAAGUGUGCACGGUGCGGCCGACAGAUCUAUGCCAGCGACUGGGUGCGGCGGGCACGCGGCAACGCCUACCAUCUGGCCUGCUUCGCUUGCUUUUCGUGCAAGCGCCAGCUGUCCACGGGCGAGGAGUUUGGUCUGGUCGAAGAGAAGGUGCUGUGCCGCAUCCACUACGACACCAUGAUCGAGAACCUCAAGAGGGCCGCCGAGAACGGGAACGGCCUCACGCUGGAGGGGGCAGUGCCCUCGGAACAGGACAGUCAGCCCAAGCCGGCCAAGCGCGCGCGGACAUCCUUCACCGCUGAGCAGUUGCAGGUUAUGCAAGCGCAGUUCGCGCAGGACAACAACCCCGACGCACAGACGCUGCAGAAGCUUGCGGACAUGACGGGCCUCAGCAGGAGGGUCAUCCAGGUGUGGUUUCAAAACUGCCGGGCGCGUCAUAAAAAGCACACACCGCAGCAUCCCGUGCCGCCCUCCGGGGCGCCGCCGUCCCGCCUCCCUUCCGCCCUGUCCGAAGACAUCCACUACUCCCCGUUCAGCAGCCCCGAGCGGGCGCGCAUGGUCACCCUGCACGGCUACAUUGAGAGUCAGGUACAGUGCGGGCAGGUGCACUGCCGGCUGCCUUACACCGCACCCCCCGUCCACCUCAAAGCCGAUAUGGAUGGGCCGCUCUCCAACCGGGGUGAGAAGGUCAUUCUUUUCCAGUACUAGCUCCGUUGGCACUUCCGCAUCCGUCCGCGGGCGCCCCACAACUGCCCCGCAGCCGCCGGAAGCCGGUGCCCGAGCCACUGCCAGGGGCCCACCCGCUCCGCACCCGCCCCUCGCCCACCGUCCCGCCCGCCGCCAGCCGGGCCCCCGGGCC